AAAGAGUCCAGCUGGCCCACUCCACAGGUUUUCUGGCAGGAUUUCCAGACUGACCAAUCCUCACUGGAUCCGUACAAGUCAAACUAUCUCUUGGGAUGGUCACAACCGGCUUGUCACAAUCUCCGCCCCCGGAAUACGUUUGAAGGCCAAAGCCAUACGAGAAUUGCAACGAGCAUUGUCCCUUGCUGUGCUUACAACCAAAAACUAGUCACGUCCUAUCUCCUACGCUUUAGCGUACCAGCCACGGCGAUGCGAUGCAUCAAAAUAGAUUGUCACCCGCCGACCUGUCGGAAUCCAGAUGGCUACCAGCCAGAUGCAGACAAGAACACAAUUGUGACACCAACGCCUCCAACUGUACACUACCCGCCCAUGCAGUCCUCGAGUCGUGCGGCGUGUCUAGUUAGUCACAUGUUUUUCCCGUUUCUAUGGCUUUGGACGCUUCGCUGA